GAGUGUUUUUUUUGAAGAAAGGUAGAGUCACAUGACCAGGCACUGCCUACCGCGGGGAGCUGCCAGAUAAUCGCUCCCUGCAGGAAUUAGAUGUGGAGUGAACGUUACAGGUGGAGCAGAGCGCGUCGAGCUGGAUCAAAGACCAGAAAAACAGCAGCAGGCUCAACGGUGACUUAUGUAGAUGCUGACAACUCCGGGUUGGCACCGAGAAGAUGAUCUCCUCCAGCGCUCCUCGGCAGUAGGCGUGCAGCAUGGCUUCUGCUCCUCCUUCCAGAGAGGACCGAAGUGGCUCAUUAACGCUGCGCUGGAGGCUAACACCGACAUAGAUAAUUUCUACGCAGGACACCAACUUCAAACUCAACAGACGCAGGCUGAUUCCUCUCCACUGGCCUGGUUAAACAUACGUAUGAACUGUCUCUAGAGAGCCUUUGAAAACAAAGAUGGCUAGUGCCAGAGUGACUCAUGUUCAGGAAAGUGACAGCACAACAGUGUAACAGAAGCAACACCUGGACUGAGACUUUGGAUCAUGCUAUCUCUCUGAUUGGGUGCUUUGGUGGCAGAGCUGGACUGUGCAGCUCUUUCACGCUAAGACAAACCUGGAUUCUGAGCCAUGUCUCUUCUCUCAGCCUUGAGCAUCAUUUGUGGAUUGAUGCUCCAUGUUUCAUUUAGUGCAAUCAACACUCGCUACGGUGUCCCACGAAAAACUGUCCUCUACCAGAACAAGCUGAGCUUGUUCAGAGAGGAGGGGAUCUUCAACUACUCCACCAUGCUCAUGCACGAAGACCUGGGUGUGGUGCUGCUGGGAGCCAGAGAGGCCAUAUAUGCUCUGGACAUCAACAACAUCUCUGUGAGAAAAGCUGCGGUGUAUUGGCGAGUUACAGAGGAGAAGCAGAGGGAGUGCACGUACAAAGGAAAACAUGCAGAGGUGGAAUGUCGAAACUACAUCCGAACCCUGCACAGACUGAACGACACAACAAUGUAUGUGUGUGGCACGAACGCUUUUAGCCCCACCUGUGACUACAUGACGUUCUCUAAUGGACAGCUGAGGCUGGAGGGAAAGCAGGAAGAGGGAAAGGGGAAGUGUCCUUUUGAUCCCUUCCAGAGAUACUCCUCUCUCAUGGUUGGAAGUGACCUGUAUUCUGCUACAUCUAUCAACUUCUUGGGCUCCGAGCCUGUGGUUCUGCGCAGCUCGGACUUGGCUCUGCGCACUGAGUUCAAGAGCUCCUGGCUCAGUGAGCCAAACUUCGUCUACACGGACUUUGUGGAUGAGAGUUUUGAUAGUGCCGACGGCGAUGAUGAUAAAGUAUAUUUGUUCUUCAGCGAGAAUGCCAUGGAGUACGACUUCUACAGCAAAGUAGCCGUGUCUCGAGUGGCCCGUGUCUGCAAGGGGGAUAUGGGCGGCCAGCGGACACUCCAGAGGAAAUGGACAUCGUUCCUGAAAGCUCGUCUGGAUUGUUCUCUCCCUGAACCCAGCCUGCCCCCCAUUGUCCAGGAUGUCUUCCUGCUCAAGCACAAGGACUGGCGGAAGAGUGUCUUCUACGCUGUCUUCACCCCACAGUCAAGCUUGUCCCAGGUAUCUGCAGUCUGUGCGUACAGUGUGUCUGCCAUCCGAGACAUUUUUAAUGAGGGCAAAUUCAAGACACCUGUUGCUGUGGAGACUUCACAUGUCAAAUGGGUGAUGUACACUGGGGAGGUGCCAGUUCCAAGACCAGGGGCGUGCAUCAAUAAUCUGGCACGUAAAAUGGGGAUGAAUCGUUCGCUGGACCUGCCAGACAAAACCCUCCAGUUCAUCAGGGACCGUCCCCUCAUGGACGAGGCUGUUCGCCCUCUGACAGGAGGGCCCCUGCUGCUCAAGAAGGGAGCUUUGCUGACUCGGAUUGUGGUGGACAGUGUGUUGGCGCUGGAUGGACAAAGAUAUGCCGUCAUGUUCAUCGGCACUGCAAACGGUUACGUUCAGAAGGCCGUCAACUAUGGUGGAGAAAUGUUCAUCAUAGAGGAAGUCCAGCUGUAUGAAAACGCUGUUCCUAUUACCAUUCUGCGCCUGUCAUCCAGUAAGGGCCAGCUAUAUGCAGGCUCAGAGUCUGGUGCCAUCCAGAUGCCAGUCAGUAACUGCAGCCGCUAUGACACCUGUGCGGACUGCAUCCUGGCCAGGGACCCAUACUGUGCCUGGGACUUCAGCGUCCAGCAGUGCUCUUCAGUUUACACCUUAUCGCCCUCCUCAAAUCCUGCACUACAGAGUCUAAAGGAGGGAGACGUCUCCCAAUGUCCUGAGCCAGAACCGGUAGCAGCUGUGGACUUCACCCUGGUCCCAGAGAACAACAUCCAGCUGCCCUGCCAGCUUCACUCCAACUUGGCGCAGGUCCUGUGGCGAUUCUCUGACCAAACACUUCACUCCAACAACAAAUACUACAUCUACAGCGAGGGCCUCCUCAUCCUGAGUGCCACUGAAUCGGAUUUAGGCCUGUACACAUGUGACUCAGUGGAGCAGAUCAAUGACAAAACAUUCAACCGGACUGUGGCUGUCUAUCGAUUAAAGCUCUCCUCUGGCCCAAUAGUGGAGGAGAGCACUACUCCUGGCACUGAGGUGUCAGAUUCCUCUGACUCAAUUCCCAGUCCGAAUACGGCUGCACCAGGAGCAGGGCCAAACCAGAGCAUUGAGGACCCCUCGUCCCCUGAAAAUCAAAGUGACACUGGCAGGGUGACACGUUUGGAGGUGGCUGUAGCUCUGCUCUCACUGCUUUGUCUUUCCCUAACGGGGGUCAUAUUUUGGAUCUGGAGCCGAGGACAUUGGGAAUGCCUAAAGUUUGCAAAGCGCUCCAGUGCAGCAAGCGAGGCAAAAAGGCACUCAACCGAAUAUAUGCAUAUCCAGAACAGAACUUCAGAGAUAAAGCUCCUGGGGCCUGAGCCUGGUAGACCUUGCAGUGCCAAUAAUAAUCACUCUGCUGUUGACUUCAAAGGGAAUGGGGAGCACCACUUCACACCUAUGGCCAACAUUUCAAGUUUGGACGGUUUGGGAUACAUAAACGAUGAGUCAGAGAUUUGACUUUGCUGACUUAUAGAAAUUAGUCGAAAGGCCAACGACGGUGCACUAAUUACCUUUCUAUAGGUGUUCUGCUGUAUAAAAGCUUUUUGACAUUAUAAAUUCCUUUGAUUGGGGUCUUUCUUCUCCAUGUCCAUGUCUGACACAAUCUAUCAUAUCCAUACUCUAACUGGGCAGCUGAUGUUCACUGAAGAGACACUUGAGGAUUUCUGGAGGAAUUUCCACUUCAGGAAGAAUUGAAAUUAAUUUUUUUAUAAAUGUAUUUUUGUAUAAUUCUUGUGAAUACACUUGUAUAUUGUGUACAGCCUAGACCAUUUUUCAACCGUUAUUUAUUUGUGAAAAUGAAGUUUUAUUUCAGCUUUACAAGUUUGUGGUCUAAUUCUUUUACAUAUGGUCAGAAACUACACGUUAAAACACGUUUCCAUGCACAUUUCAUUUGAUUGAUUCUGUUAAUUUACGACAUUAAUCACUCUGAGGAUAAAGUGAACUGUCUUUAGCGAUGCUAAGAUGGAUUAAUAGAUUGUACUGCUGUUUUAUUUACAGAGGACUUUAAAGAUGGACUACAGAUAUGUCUGCAUUUAACUCUCUUAGUUAAUAUAGAUAAUUCCUGUUACAAAACACAACAUCAUUUCACUGCUGUAAAAGUUAUGAGAUGGAAGGUGAAGUAGCGCAUCAUCGGGCAGUGUGGGUGUACAUUUAACGCUGAACACACUCUUUUGAUCAGACACGUAGAGCAGAUAACUUUGUCUUUUGAUGUCAAACUUUGGAAAAUCCAGUCCUUGUUGACAAUAAAAAGACUUCCUGAAGACUUUGA